AUGAGGAUCGGACGAGAGUGGGCUGUAGAAGGGAACCCCGUCGCCGCCGCGGGUCUCGUGCGGGAGAGCAGGCUGCGCUCAGGAUGGUUUGAGAUCCUGUCGCUCGACGAGGAACGUCUGCGCGGUCGGGAGCUCGGCACAUGGCGAGGGAACGUCGCGCUGGCGUAUGUGGCAGCAGGCGAUGUGUACGAUGGGAUGCGCCUGGAGAAUCCAGUGCGGGGAGCGCGAGCCGCGACGCAGGCUGAGAGGCGGUCCGCACGGGAUCAUGUCCGCGGUGUCGGUGCAGCGGCUUCCCAAAGGAGGCCUGUUGCCACGCUGCGCGAGUCCACAGCGUCCGCCGCGAUGCCCUCCUACGACGGCGCAGACACAGGCCCGUCCUCGCGAUUCCUCUCCGCCUCCACCUCCUCCGCCCCCCGCCGCUCCCCCUCGCGCCAGAGCCUCUCCCUCAGCCGCAACAGGUCCGCCACCUCCCUCCGCGCAGCCGCCUCCCUCGCACAGUCCAUCGGCCAAAUCGACGACGACGGCCCCUCCGCCCGCCACUCCCUCGCACACGAGCUCGCCGUCGCCCUCCUCCCCGAGCCCAGCGCUGGCUCAAAGAUCCUCGCGGAGGAGUUCGGCAUCGAGUACGACGAGGGCGCAGAGGGCAUCGACCCCGGCGCUCCCACAUCCACGUCCGCAUCCGCAUCCGCAUCCGCAUCCGCAUCCAUGUCCACGUCCACGUCCGCAUCUCCAUCCGCACCCGACCCCGCGCCCGGCGCCCCACAGCCCGACGCCCCCCCGUCGUUCGAGCUCGCCGCCGCGCACUCCCCCGCGUCCUUCGCCGCGCACUCCCCCGCCGCAGACACAGAUCCCGCCUUUGCCUCCCCAGCGCGCGCCCCCCGCCACCGCCGCCGCCCCUCGCACGACGCGAUGGCCAUCCUCUCCCAAGAUCUCGAAUCCACCGAAAAGUUCCUCUCCCACCUCCGGCGGCUCGACGCCGACCCCGCGCCCCCCGCCGCCCACACUCCCACCUCCGCGGGCUCGCAGCAGCCCGCGCUCGAGCGCCUCGCGUCGGACGUCAUCCGCAAGAUCGAGGAGACCGCGCGCGACCGCGAGGGCCAGGUCCGCGAGCUCCUCGAGUGCGAGCGCGAGUUCCGCAAGAUCGCGGGCGAGGUCGGCGGCGGCGAUGCGCUCGCCGCGCUCGAUGCCCUCGAGGACCUCGAAGACCUCAUGGACCGCCCGCCCACCGCCUCCGCCUCCGCCUCCGCGCCCGUACCGGCGGAGAGCACCCGCGCGCUCGACACGCUCGCGGAGGAGGCGAUCAACGCCUCUGGAGACUGGGAAGUCGACCCGGACCAGCACAUGCGCGAGGACGCCGCCGACGCCGACGACGACGACGGCGACGGCGACUCGGACGGCUCGGGCGGCUCGGGCGGCUCCUCCGACGGCGACGGCGACGCGUACGGCAGCGGCAGCGGCACCGCCUCUCCCUCCGCCUCGCCGCUGCUCAAGGACGCCUUCAGCCCGCUCCCGCCCCCACCGCCUCUCAGCGGCCCGCCCACGCCCGCCAAGACGAUCCCGCAGCUCGCGCACCUGCGCACGGCGACGGCCUCGCUCGUCGCCUCGCUCGCCGUCAUCUCGGAGCACGCGCAGGUGAACGGCGCGGCGACGACCGAGGCGGGGCGCAAGAUCCGCGCGCUGAAGAACAAGCUCGGCGGGUGGCGCACGGAGUGGGACAGCGCGGAGCGGAGCCGCGUGCGCAUCGAGCGGUGGGAGGCUGGCCUUGCGGACGCGGGGGAGCCGGGGAGCGUGCCGGGGACGCCGGUGAAGGCGGUCAGGAGGGUCGACGGGAGGAAGCUCGUCGAGGAGCAUCUGCGCGCGUUUGAGCGCGCGCUGACCGAGGCGAACGUCAAGACGCAGGCGAUCAUGGCCCCCGCGUAGGGCCGCGCACGCGUAUAUAUAUAUAUCAAUAUAUACCCCCUCUCUACUUAGAUAGAGGAUCGCGAGGGGUGCCCACCGGCGGCGGCGGCUGGCUUGUGUGGGCACUUGGAUGGCUUGGAUUAUGGCGUGCCCGGAGGAUCUACUUGCGUACCUUCAUGGAGUACAGAAUGGCAGAGAAUUGUAUCGUGCUCCAUGACGACCUCGGUGGCAGAUUUACACACACGGAGAUUCUACACGGCGAGAAAUAAGAUAGCAGCAAGCAAGCAACACU